GUCUAGAAAGCAGAGAAAGAGACUCGACAGUGAUAGUUCCUAUUCGAAUGUGAAUCGGAAAGGGACUGAUUCAUCGGAAAAAGACGAAGAUCUCAUUUGUUUCUAUCCUCAGGGGGGAGGCUGAAGAUUUUGUGCAAAGGGGAGAAGAUGAGACCAGCUAUACCUCUUGACUAUGCUGUCUUCCAACUCUCCCCAAAGCGGUCAAGAUGUGAAUUGUUUGUCUCUACUGCGGGGAAUACUGAGAAACUUGCUUCUGGACUGGUGAAACCAUUUGUUGCUCAUUUGAAAGUUGCAGAAGAACAGGUCGCCCGGGAAGUUCAGUCUAUCAGGCUAGACGUUGAAAGCAACAAAAAUGCUGGAUCCUGGUUUACGAAAGGGACCCUUGAAAGGUUUGUACGCUUUGUUAGUACCCCAGAGGUUCUGGAAUUGGUUAGUGCUUUGGACGUGGAAAUGUCUCAGUUGGAGGCUGCCCGAAAAAUAUAUGGCGAGGGGACUGGUGAUCAGCGAUCUAGUGCAAAAGAUGGCACAGAAACUACACCAGCUGCUGAUGUGACAAAAAAGGAGUUACUGAAAGCUAUUGAUUUACGGCUAGCAGCAGUUAGACAGGACUUAGCAACUGCCUGUAAUCGUGCUUCGGCUGCUGGAUUCAACCCUAUCACUGUCUCCGAACUUAGUCAGUUUGCUGAUCGAUUUGGGGCCAAUCGCUUGAAUGAAGCAUGCACCAAGUUUAUAACACUUUGUCAGAGAAGGCCAGAGCUUAUGAGCUCUUGGAGGGUCAAUCAAGAAGAAGAAGCGAUACGUUUGUCAUGGGAAUCUGAUAUGUCAAUUGAUGAUCCCAGUGAAGACCCAUCUAGAGACCUGGAAACAAUCAGAAACCAACAACAUAGGGAAUAUCAAACUGGUAUGGAAGAGCAAAGCGCAACAGGAACCAACUACUGUCAACAAGAAUCAAAGCGUAAGCCACAAAGUAGUCAUGAUGAAAAAGAUGAAGAAGAGGAAAAAAGUACAGUACAAAAUGAGCCUUUAGUGAGUCAGCCUAGACAACUCACGAGACGGCUUAGUGUGCAGGAGAGGAUCAGCAUGUUUGAAAACAAGCAGAAAGAGAACUCUGGAGAGAAGACAGCUGUGGCAAAAUCUACUGAGCUGAAAAGACUUUCUUCUGAUUUAUCAUCUUCUGCAGGCAUGGAAAAGGUUGUGGUACGAAGAUGGAGUGGUGCUAGUGACAUGAGCAUUGAUUUGGGAAAUGACAGGAAGGAUGAUACUGGUGAUAGUCCACUGUGCACUCACUCGGCAUCUUCAGUGUCCAAAGAUGGAAGUGGUGCAUCCUCGAAACAAUUUGUCGGCUACAACAAAAAAGAGCAGAAUGGAUUGAGCCAUGCUGCGAAUACCCCUAGGAAUGAGGAAGAAUGUACUUCCAAUAAUGGUGGUGACUGGGGAAUGGAUGAAGUAGAGUCUCAAAAUUCAAGUUCUACAUUCUUACGAAAAGACAAGGAGGUAGACUUGAAAGUGCCAUUGAGCAAGAGUAAUCAAGUGAGACAUCAAGGAAAUUCUCUGGAUGGAUAUUUGGAGAAGAAUUCCAAGUAUAAAUUCCAUGAGAAGAAUUCCAGAGCCACUUCAGAUUACACAGGGAAUGCAAAUAUAAAUGAUGAUGCGAACAACCAAAUUAGCGAUUUUAUAUCAAACAGGCAGAACCAGAUACAGUUUAGGGAUCCUCAGAGCCAUUCAUUGUCUACACUACAGCAGUUAGGUGGUACUGAACCUAAUAUCACAAGUGUUCAGAGCAAUGGAGGAACUGCAGAGUCUCCUAGGAAAGAACUAAUGCCUUCCGAUAGGCAAUCACCACUUCUUGAGGAUCGCCAGAGAAAGACACCGGUUUAUGGAGGUUCUGAACAGAUGAAAAGGCCGCAUAGUAGAAGAACUGAUAUUGGUUCUGCUGCUGUAAAUACAAAGCCAUCUGCAGCCAUUAAUAGUGUUUCAGAUAUCUCCGAGAAUGAUACUCUGACCCAAUUGUCUCCAACAGAGCAAGUUCAAAGGGCAAGACCGUCUAAGGGAAGUCAAGAGCUGAAUGACGAAUUGAAAGUGAAAGCAAACGAGCUUGAGAAGCUAUUUGCUGAACAUAUGCUCCGUGUGCCAGGGGAUCAAACCAGUUCUGUCCGUAGAGGUAAGCCCGGAAAGCCAAGUGAACAGGGUGUGACUUCACAGCUGAGAAGGCCUGUAGCGCAGGAUCUAUCAUCUGUUCAAAUUUCUGAUCAGAAGACCCUGGCAAUGCCAACUUUAACCUCAAACGAUGAAGACAAGUUCAAAACUCCGCCAACAAAGAUGGUUGUUAACAAUGAAUAUGGAGAUACCACGAGGCAAAAUUUUCCAGAAAUCAGCUUUUCGGACAAUUCUAGAGGAAAGUUCUAUGAGAAAUAUAUGCAUAAAAGAGACGCAAAGCUAAAGGAAGACUGGAGUUGCAGAAGGACCGAGAAGGAAGCCAAAUUGAAGGUGAUGCAAGAUAUACUUGAUCGCAGUAACGCUGAGAUGAAAUCCAAAUUUUCUCAGUCUACAGGGAGACGUGAUUCAAAUGUCCGACGUGCAGAGAAGCUUGUAUACUUCAAUUCUAAGUUGAGUGCAAAAAAGGAUCAGCAUCCAAUUAGCUCAUUUCAGAGUGAAGAAGAUGAGGAUGGUUCCAGGAGCACCCAAAAUAAAAACUUACAACAAAAUAAAAACAAUUUAUUGACUGCUCGAACCACUGCUACAUCAGCGUCACGCUCGGCAGCCAAAGUUUCUACUCCCAGUGCUGUUAGGCGGAGAGGACAAUCAGAAAAACUUGUUGCACAGUCAGUCCCUAACUUCUCCGAGAUCAAAAAGGAAGGUAUGAAACCAGCCUCGGGAGUUGGAAAAAAUGGUGUCCGCACCCAGGUGAGAAGCUCUAUCCGCCCAAAAGCUGUAAAUGAAGAAGAGAAGUUGCGAAGACCGAAAAAUUUCAGAAAAGGUUCUGCUGAAGCUGCUGAGUUGGCUACAGACUUUUCUCAAUUGAAGUCAGAGGAUGGUGUUUCUGUACCUCUGUAUCUUGAACAGGAGCAAAGCGGGAGAAAUUUUAACAAUCAUGGCACUGGUUUCAGCUCUGAUAAUGCGCAGCUAAAGGCUUCAGAAGGAUCCGAGGGAUCAGAUGAUAUGGAGAAAGAGGGGAUGGGAGAAGUGCUUGAUGACACGGAAGUUGAAGCUUUUACUGAUGCAGAAAAUGAGAUGCCAAGACUAAGUCAGGAGUCUGAAGAAUGGGGUACUACUGGGGUUGCAAAUGGUGAAUCUUUUUCUCAGCUUGAACCUGGUUUAAAUGCUGAAUUACCUGCUGCUAUGGCUUCUAGGCAUCAAACCAUGGGUUCAAUCCUGGACUCACCCGGUGAAAGCACUGGUCCAUGGAAUUCGCGAGUGAAGCAUCGAUAUGCAAACGAGGCAUCUGAACUUGAUGCUUCAGUGGACUCUCCAAUGGGUAGUCCUGCUUUUUGGAACUUCUCUUCCCUUAACCAGACAGAGAACGAUACAACUCAAAUGAGAAAGAAAUGGGGAGCUGCUCAGAAACGCGUUGCUGGUGGUAAUCCAUCUCAAAAUCAGUCACAACAGGAUGUGACAAAAGGGCUGAAAAGGCUUUUGAAUUUUGGAAGGAAAAACCGUGCGGCUGAGAGUUUGGCUGACUGGAUAUCCACUACAACAUCUGAAGGGGAUGAUGAUACUGACGAUGGAAGAGAGCUUGCAAAUCGAUCAUCAGAAGACUUGAGAAAGUCGCGAAUGGGAUCCUUGCAGAGCCACCCCUCUGGUGAUAGCUUCAACGAGAGCGAGCUAUUCAACCAACACGUCCAAAACACUGGCGCACCAUUGAGCUUUAAACUGAAGGAGGAUCAGACGUCAGGAACUUCUGUAAAAGCACCAAGGUCAUUCUUUUCACUCUCCAAUUUUCGUAGCAAAGGGAAAUGAUUCGAAACAAAAGAUUCACUACAGAAGGUCAGGAUCCAAGCGAAUGAAAGGUAAAAAUUUCA